CUUUGUUCGGCAGAGAACUAAUGGAGAAAUGGCCGAUUGCCAAGUCAAAGUUAGACAAAUUGGAGCAGUGUGGCGAGCAUAGCGAUGAAAAAAUUAAGCUGUUCUGUGAGGAUCAUAGGAAACUUUGUUGUCAUAUUUGCGUGGCACUUCAUCACAGUGAGGUGGCUGUUACAACGAAUGAGUCAAGCAGUGAUGACGGUCUACACGGUCUACAUAUAAUAUCUGUCAGAAAUGACAGGUUAGAGAAGGGAAGGAAGCUUCAGCUGUCACAUAAGUGUGUUGGUAUUGCCCACCAUGAGGAUGCUCUGUAUGUAACUUUCGGUACAGCUUUGUAUCAGUACACUCUGAAUGGAAACCUUGUAAAGGAACUGUACGAAGACACAACGGGGUAUAAUACAGUGUACUCGUGUGCUGUGAACCUAAAGAGUGACAAGAUCUACGUCACCAGCUUGCACAAACACAGCCUUCUCACACUGGAUAAGGAUGGAAACGCCAUCUCCACCUUUACUGACAUUGACUUAAAAGGCCCACAGGGUGUUCAUGUGACACCUAGUGGACAAGUACUCGUUUGUGGCGAGACAACACACACAAUUAUACAGGUUGACAGCGAUGGGAAGAAGAAGCUGGCUACACUGGCCACAAAGAAGGAUGGAAUCAAUGGCCCGCGAGAACGAAUGGAGAAAUGGCCGAUCGCCAAGUCAACGUUAGACUUACUGGAGAAGUGUGGAGAGCAUAGCGAUGAAACAAAAAACUGUUCUGUGAGGACCAUAGCCAACUGUGUUGUCUUGUUUGCGUGGUACAACUUCACAGCAGUCGUUGGUAGAGAGCAGGACUAUACAUCUGAGGAAGGCGAGUUUGAUCCCCGGUCGGGCCAAAUAACUUGA